AUGAUUGGAGAGAGGUGGUCAAUCCGGAAACACACAGUAGUUCGUCCCACCGAUGCUUUUGGUACUAUUGAGUUUCAAGGCGGACCUCAUCCAUACAAGGCACAGUAUCUUAGGCUGAAUGUUGAAACUGACCCGGCCGAUAUCAUGAACCUUUUUGAUAAUGUUUGGCGUAUGCCACCACCAAAGCUCAUAAUCACUGUACACGGUGGUUUGAGCAAUUUUGAUUUGCAACCCAAAUUGGCUCGGGUAUUUCGGAAAGGUUUAAUGAAAGCAGCGAGGACUACUGGUGCUUGGAUAAUCACAUCUGGUUUGUUUGAUGAAGCGUCUAGUAGCGCUCGUGGGCGUUCCAAAAUUGUAAGUAUUGGUAUUGCUGCUUGGGGUAUGCUGAAGGAACAGGCGGAUCUGAUUGGCCAAGUAAGCUGGAGUUCUAGUUUAAGUGAAGAAGUUUAUUUUAAAGGGAGAUUAUCUUUGAACAAUCGUCAUUCGCAUUUUUUACUGGUUGAUAAUGGGACAGUAGGCAGAGAUGGAGCUGAUAUUAUCUUGCGGAAGCGGCUCGAAACAUAUAUAGCGGAAAAGCAAAAAAUUGGUGGCGGUACUCGAAGUGUGCCUGUUGUCUGCGUUGUACUUGAGGGGGGUACAUGUACAAUUAAAUCUGUGGUUGAUUACGUUACCAGCACUCCGCUUGUACCUGUUGUCAUUUGUGAUGGAAGUGGACGUGCAGCUGACCUUUUAGCUUUCGCGCAUCAGUGUGUGCAGGAAGACGGUAAACUUCCUGAGAACGUUCAACGUCAGUUAUUGAGUUUGAUAGAAAGUGUAUUUGGUUAUGAUAAACAGAAUGCUGAAAGUUUAUUGGCUGACCUUACGAAAUGCGCACGCCAAAAAAACCUGAUGACGGUUUUCCGCCUUGGAGAGGGUCAAAAACAGGACUUGGAUCAUUCUAUUUUGACUGCAUUAUUGAAGGGCCAAAAUUUGUCUGCUCCUGAUCAGUUAUCUUUAGCUUUAGCUUGGAAUCGUGUAGACAUUGCGAGGUCGGAUAUCUUCGUUUUAGGGCAGGAUUGGCCAAAAAGUGCGCUUAGUAACGCUAUGAUGGAAGCACUGAUGAAUGAUCGCGUAGAUUUUGUACGUCUUCUUUUGGAAAAUGGUGUCAGUAUGAAAAAAUUCUUGACAAUAUCGAGGCUUGAAGAUCUUUACAAUACAGACAAAGGGCCACCCAACACACUAUACUACAUAGUUAGGGAUGUUGUGAAAAUCCGUCCUGGGUACCGCUACCGUAUGCCUCAUAUAGGUCUUGCAAUAGAAAAACUUAUGGGUAAUGCUUACAAAUCAACUUAUACGACCACUGCAUUCUUGGCAAAGUGGACUGUUGCACGGCACAAAGAAAAGGUAUCUUCUACUUUUUGCUGUUUUAUUAUAAUUACAGAUUCAAACGCAUCUUCGGUAGAAGACGAAGAAGAUGACUUCAAAUACCCCUUUAGUGAAUUGCUUUUGUGGGCUGUACUUACUAAACGGCAAGAGAUGGCGCUUUGUAUGUGGCAACAUGGUGAGGAAGCUAUGGCUAAGGCUUUAGUAGCUUGUCGGCUGUACAAAAGCUUGGCAAAAGAAGCAUGGUACUUUUCUUCAUUAUCGAUUAUGUCUCUUAACUUUUAUAGGGAAUUUCGAAAAUUAGCACUGGAACUUUUGGAACACUGUUACCAUCAAGACGAUGCGCAGACUCUACAACUGCUAACUUACGAGUUAGCUUCUUGGGGCAAUGAAACUUGCUUGUCAUUAGCCGUUAUGGUUAACCACAAAGAAUUUCUUGCUCAUCCCUGCUGUCAAAUUCUUCUGGCUGACUUAUGGCAUGGUGGAUUACGAAUACGGAGUCAUUCCAACCUCAAGGUGGUGCUGGGACUCCUUUUCCCUCCGUCAAUUUUUUUACUGGAAUUCAAAUCUCGUGAAGAGCUCAUGCUCCAGCCUCAGACUGCUGCAGAACAUGAAGAUGACAUCAAAGAUACUUCAAGUUCUUCCAGUUCUUCUUCUGAAAGUGAAUCUUCUUCAUCGGAUUCAGAUUACAGUUCUGAUGACGACUCGCUGAGAUCUUUGAAAAAAACGGACAUUUAUUCAAGGUCUUCAUUUGGUGAGGUAGACUUCGUUUUGCUUACUCAUAUUUUGUUACAGAGACCGAUCAAGUUCCGUCGGAAGUUGUAUGAGUUCUAUGUUGCUCCAAUAACAACCUUUUGGGCUUGGACACUUAGCUUUUGUUUUUUCGUUUGUUGCUACACUUAUACGCUUUUGAUUAGAACUCCAGUGCAUGUAACAGCAAUAGAAUGGUUCACAUUUGCCUACGUAUUCGCUUUUGGAAUGGAACAUUGGCGAAAGGUGAAAAAACAUCUUCAAAUUAGUACUGCUAGUUGGAUUUUCAAACAGAUUUUUUUAAAUUUAUUUCUUAACCCAAAAUCGUUUACCCAAAAAGCAAGGCAUUUUUUUUGGAAUAUUUGGAAUGCUUUGACGGCGCUUGCCGUUACUACAUAUUUCCUAGGUUUCGCGUUAAGGGCCAAUCCUGCAACGAAUUCUUAUGGACGUAUCAUCUUAGCUUGUAAUUCAGUUCUUUGGACGAUAAGGUUGUUGGAUUUUAUGAGCGUUCACCCUCGUUUAGGUCCAUACAUUACAAUGGCUGGGAAAAUGGUGCAAAACAUGCUGUAUAUAAUUGUUUUGCUUUGUGUAGCGCUUUUGGGUUUUGGACUGGCUAGGCAGUCAAUUACUUAUCCGAACGAGGAAUGGCACCCUAUUUUAUUGAGAAAUAUAUUUUAUAAACCUUAUUUUAUGCUUUAUGGAGAAGUGUAUGCAGACGAGAUCGAUCCUUGUGGAGAUGAAGCCUGGGAUCGGCACAUGGAAAAUGGCAAAAUGUGCGUUCCUGGCCACUGGGUUCCUCCACUCCUUAUGACAUUUUUCCUUCUUGUUGCAAACAUCCUUUUAAUGAGCAUCUUAAAUUUUCAUUCUUUUAGCAAUAUUUUUGAUCAGACCGACAGGAUAUCAAAGGAAAUAUGGCUUUUCCAGCGGUAUCGCCAAGUUAUGGAGUAUGAAAGUACUCCAUUCAUUCCUCCUCCGUUCACUCCGAUCUACCAUCUUUGGAUGAUAUUUAAAUAUAUAAAAAAGAAAUUAUUUGACUUCACUUUAAAGUUAUUUUUGGAUGAGGACCAAGUAGAAAAGGUUCAAGACUUUGAGGAGGAGUGUAUGGAAGACUUAGCACGGGAGAAGGAUUAUAAGAAGAAUACGUCAAAUGAAGAAAGGAUACACAGAACUGCUGAACGGUUUAUUUUGCUAAAUGACAUUUCCAGAUUUCGUUUCAUAUCAUUUUCUCCGCAUAAGCGUUUUUCAAAAAAAAUUUUUCUGCAACACCCGUGUUUCUUUUGA